AUGGUAAAUGGUGUAAUACAUACACCAUUCUUUAAAAAGAGACAACAAUACAAGAGACAACAACUUGAACAACUGCACAUUGAUGAAUACAACAUGGAUAGUGACAAAAUAUUCGAUAGAGAAGAGCAGAGAUUAUUGUUUGAAGUAUCUAGUAAUCAAACGUUUUGGUUUGAUCAACAACAAGAUCAUUUCGAUCAAACCAAUAAUAUCACUUGGAAACAACAAUAUCAAGUCAUUGACGAUUGGUUUGAUCCAUCUCAACCCAAUGCUCCUGUCUUUAUCUUUUUAGCUGGUGAAGCUCCAAUGGGAUUCUUUAACUUUCAAGAAGUACAAAUAAGAGCAUGGGCUCAAGAAUUUAAGGCUUUAUAUGUUAUUUUGGAACAUCGUUUCUAUGGUCAAUCAUACCCAACCAAUGAUUUGUCAACUCAUAAUCUAAAGUAUCUCACUUCACAACAAGCACUUGCCGAUGCUGCCAACUUUCUCACUACAUUCAAGUCAGAAAGAGGUAUUGCCGACAAUCAAGCAGUUGUCUUUGGUUGUUCCUAUUCUGGUGCAUUGAGUGCAUGGUUCCGUCUCAAAUAUCCACAACUAGUUGUUGGAUCCGUAGCUCCUUCUGGACCAGUACUUGCUCAAUUAAACUAUACCGGCUACUAUGCCCAAUUCACAAACUCUGCACCAACUAGCUGUGUCAAUGCUGCCCAACAAGCAUCUGACCAAGUCAUGCAAUUAAUCAAACAGGGCGACAAAGGAAUCAAACAACUCGAAAAAACUUUCAACUCUUGUAGCUCUCUCAAAAAUGGACGUGAUCUCUACUAUUUCGUCUACUCUAUCGUUGAGGCUUUGGGUGGUGCCGAUCAAAUGAAUAAUCCACCAACAUGGACCCUCAACUCUACCUGUAACACUUUGUCUCAAAACUCUGACUUGCUAGUCAAUUGGGCAGAGAUUUUCAACCAAGGCUUGGAUGACAAGUGUAAUGAUUUCACUCUUAGAUCCUUUAUAGAUCAAGCUAGAAAGACUAGAAUUAAUGAUCAAGAUGGUACAAGAUCUUGGGUAUUCCAAACUUGUGCAGAAUUUGGUUAUUUCUCAACAACUUACCCAGGAAGUAGUGUAUUCCCAGGUUUAUUAAACGUUGAAGAACAAGUGAAAUGGUGCCAAGAAAUUUAUGAUGUUCCAGGAAUGACUCCAAAUAUUGAUUGGACAAAUAGUUAUUAUGGAGGUCAAGAAAUUAAGGGUUCCAAUAUCAUGUUUAGUAAUGGUCUAUUAGAUCCAUGGCAUUUGUUGAGCGUCAACCAAGAUAAUAUUGAUGGUACUGUGAAAGCUGUUACCUAUGAAGCAGGUCACUGUGGAACAUUAAUUGCUUCAACUACCAUUGAUCCACCCUCCUUGGUUGAUGCAAGACAAGGUAUUAUUGGUUUCCUCAAGGAAAUAUUGUCAGCCUAA